AUGUAUGCCAAGACCGCCCUGAUCGCUGCCCUCGCCGGCUCUGCCACUGCCAUCAUCGACAUCAGACCGAAUCGUAUCCGUCGCGAUGUCCUCCCCAGUCAGACCGAGCUCUCCGCCGACCCAUGCCUCAACGCUCUGGGCACAGUCUACGCCAACGCACCAACUGCUCCUCCCAAGAUCCUCUCGUAUGAGAUGACUGCCCCUCCGCAAACCGACCCCUGCAGCGUCACUGUCCCCGCGGACCUGAGCGCCGACUACUCGAGCUAUACUUCCGAAGUCCUCAGCUGGGUCGACGCCAACUCGGCCUCGAUUGCAUCAGCCCUGUCCUUUUGCUCCACCCUCACCGACUUGGAGACCGAGAUCCCGGUCUGCACGGCAACCCGUAGCGUUGCUGCUGCUUCCGGUUCUUCGGCACCAAAGACCACGGCGGGCGGCGACUCUCCCUCCGCUACCAGCGAGAUCAGGAGUGGAGCUGCCGCCGGCACGGGUGCCGGUGCCAGUGCGACAGAUAGCAGCAGUAGUCCUUCACAGAUUGCCGUCAAUGCCGGACCUCGUGAGACCGGCAUGAUUGCUGCUGCUGCUCUUGCCGCCGGCUUCGUUGGUGUCGCUGCCUUUUUGUGA